GGAGCGCAGGGACGUUGCGCCCGCGUACGGAGUCGGGAACCUGGCGGCUGUAGGACGCAGGGCCUCGCGCGGUUUAAAAGCAUCAGCUGGAAUCAAUUUGCAUUCGAAAAUUGGACUGACACAAAGACUUGAUAUUGUGGAAUGACUAGCAAACAAGCAAUGUCAUCUAAUGAACAAGAAAUGCUCUUGUGUUAUAAUGGGGAAGUCCUUAUUUUUCGAUUGUCUAAGGGAGAUUUUGCAGGUAAAGGGCCUGCAAAAAUACCCGUGUUACAUGUCAGAAGAAUGGUAUUUGACAGAAGAACAAGAGCAUUUGUUCAGAAGUCCACUGGAUUCUUUAUGCUAAAGGAAGAAAACGCUCAUUUAAAAAUUAUGUGUUGCAUCUGUGUGUCAGAUUUCAGAACUGGAAUUAAUCUCCCUUGUAUUAUGAUACAGUGCAAUAAAAAGAAUAACAUCUUCAGAUAUUUUCUUCUAUUUCUUCACAGUACCAAUAAAUUUGAAAAGCGUUUGAGCUUUAGACUAAGCCAUGAGUUGAAGGAUGGUAUAAGGGUCUUGAAUGGCCCUUCGGUUUUAUGGAGACAUGUCAAAACAUUCUACUGUAUCUCUUCUCAAACUGGCAAAGUUGUUACUGUGUCUUUUAAUUUUUCCUCUGUUGAGUGGGCAGGAGAGAUUGAAAAUCUAGGUAUGGUUUUAUUAGGACCAAAGACAUCUUUUUUAUAUGAAGAAGGAUGCACUCAAAAACUUUCAAAAUCAGAUUAUGCAAUUUGGGAUACCAAAUUUUGUGUAUACUCCCUUGAAAACGAAGAACUAAUAAGUGAGGCUUACAUUAUCCCUCCUGCUUAUAGCAGUGUAGUAACUUAUGUGCAUGUCUGUGCAAUGAAGAUUGUCAACGAUCAGUUAAGAAUGUCUCUGAUUGCCCUUACUCGAAAGAAUCAGCUGAUUUCAUUUCAAAAUGGGACUCCUAAAAGUGUGUGCCAGCUUCCAUUUGGAGAUCCUUGUGCAGUUCAACUUAUGGAUUCAGGCAGAGGAGACCUUUUCGUCAUAUCCUUUAGGUCCAGUGAUGCUUGUGCCGUUUGGAAAAAAAACUUUCAGGUUGCUGCCAAGUGGGAAAAAAUUAGCUCACUACUGAUAGAUGACUUUAUAGGAACUGGAAGUGAACAAGUACUGCUAGUUUUUCAGGAGUCCUUGAAUUCAGAUUGCCUGAGUUCAUUUACAAUAACAGAUCUUGGCUACAUAAACUAUUCAAGUGAAACAUUGGAUUGCAGUGAAGAUGACUUAUUUGAAGACAAAGAACAGAAUCGUUAUUUGAUGGUUCCACCCCUGGAAAGAGGAUUGAAAGUUGGUUUGGCUUCUAUUCAGGAAUUGCAGCAGCAUCUCUUGCUUAAGGAAAAAAUUAUUUCAAAAUCUUACAAAACUUUAAUAAACCUGGUUCAAGGGAAAGAUGAUAGUACGUCAAGUGCAGAGAAGGCACAUCUUUUUACUCUUUGUGGUAAAGAAGAAAAUCCUGUCUGUACCUUUGAUGAAAGGAUACCAGACAAUUUUCAAGAUUCAGAACAGCUAGUAAAGAAGAUAUGGUAUCAUGUAAUAGAUGACAGCUUGGUUGUUGGAGUGAAAACCACAUCUUCUCUGAAGCUGUCCCUGAAUCAUGUGACUUUAUCACUGUUAAUGGAUCAAGCUCAUAGCUCCAGCCGUCGGCUUAUUAAGUGUCAAAAUAGGGUUAUCAAGUUGACUAGGGAUUUUUUCCCAGCACCAUGCUCAGUGCCAUGUGAAAUAGGAUCAGAGGCAAAAAGGAUCAAAUUGGCUGUUGACAGUGAGGAAGAGGGAGAGGAAGAGGAAAAGGAAGAAGAAAGCUUUGUUUGUGAACAGUCAUCUGAGAAAGAGUGUGUACAGGUCAUUACUGCCGUAACAUCUCUUUCACCACUUUUAGCAUUCAGUAAUUUUUGUUGCACUGUGCUGCUACAAAUUAGGGAGAGGGAAAAUGGUAACUCAGAAGAUCAUUAUAUUCAGUGUGGCAGCCUUUUUUUAAGUCUAGAAGAACUUUCAAGUAGGCAAUACCUGCUGGUAUUUCCAAAGAAGAAACCUAUAGAACACAUGGAGGAUCUGUUUGCACUUCUCACAGUGUUUAACAAAACUUGUUUUCAAAUCACAUCACCCAGCUAUUCUCUGACUUCAAUGAAGACAUGGCUCCUAGAACACAUGAAGUGUGAAGAAAUCAAAGAAUUUCCAGAAAUUUGCUUUUGCAGAAUGCCAGGAAGUUUCUAUGGGACACUCUUCAAGUGGAAACAAAAAACACCAUUUGAAGGGAUUUUAAUAGUCUAUUCCAGGAAUCAAACAGUUUUGUUCCAGUGCCUUCAUAAUCUCAUCAGAGCUCUCCCUAUAAACUGUUUCUUCAAAAAUCUAAAAUUCAGAAGUGUCGAUUCCCUAAUUAAUCAUUUGGCGUUAACUUUGGAGAAGGAACUGGUUAUCCUUGGUUCUCUUUCUUCUGCCUUAGUUAAGGUUGAAAACAACUUGGUGCAAAGUUGUGAAGCAAGCAAAGAAAAGAGUAGUGGUGUGGCGGCUUUAUCAGACAGAGAGGAAAACAUCCAUUCCUACAGAAAAGAACUUCAGAGAGAAAAGAAGCAAAUAUUGGGGAUGGACCUAAAAGUGAGUGGUGCUCUUUAUAGAGAAAUGACUUUGAAAUUAGCUGAGGUUCAGCUGAGAUCAGACCUUGCUGCCCAGAAACUGGCUGGUUUAUAAUUAUAAUCUUAAUUUGAUUUAUUUUAACAUAUGUUUUCUCUGCCAGGACAUUUUGG